GGGAGACCAGAUCUAGUGAGUGCAGGGAGACCAGAUAUAGUGAAUGCAGGGUCCGGGGAGACCAGAUAUAGUGAAUGCAGGAUCCGGGGAGACCAGAUUUAGUGAAUGCAGGGUCCGGGGAGACCGGACAUAGUGAAUGCAGGGUCCAGGGAGAGCGGAUAUAGUGAAUGCAGGGGUCCGGGGAGAGCGGAUAUAGUGAAUGCAGGGUCCGGGGAGAGCGGAUAUAGUGAAUGCAGGGUCCGGGGAGAGCGGAUAUAGUGAAUGCAGGGUCCGGGGAGA